AUGCCGCAGAGCCGCGAACUCCAGAACAAGAAGAACACCCACAAGGACCGCCAAUCGCGCGGCCCCGCGGGCUCGGGAGCUGAGCCCAAGAAGCACGGCGCCGGUGGCCACAACUGGGGCAAUGCCCUCGACGACUACCAACACCCGACGACCGAAGUCGUCGACCCGACGACGCGCACUAAGCGGCGCCUUCUGCACACGCGCCCUUCUGCUCGCAGACCCUCCGCCUAG